UAAACGUAGUUUUCAUAAAUGUCAAAAUUCUGAGAAGAAAAUAAUCGAAGUGUUUUACUCAGUUUUGUCGAUAUUAGCUUAACAAAUUUCAAAAUGAUUAAAAAUACAGUGACAGGGGCUCAUAGGCCACUAUCUGGUCAGUUAUACAAAUACACGAAUGUUGUAAAAGGCUGGCAGCAGCGCUGGUUUGCAGUAGAUCCCGAAACAGGAGUUUUAUCUUAUUAUCUUUUCGAUGGACCUGGAGAUACUAUUCAGCCUGGACAGCCAGCCAGGGGCGAGGCACAUUUAGCUGCUGCCGUGAUAUGUCCAAGUGAUGAAGACUCCCGUACCUUCACCAUCAACUGUGCUUCCGGAGAUAUGCUCAAGCUGAGGGCCACUGAUGCUAGAGCUAGGCAGGAAUGGGUCAAUGGUCUGAGAGCUAUUGCUGAAAUCCACACUAAGGCUAUGGGUGCUAAUCCUCCUCUGCAGCCCAGAGAGCAGCUGGCUGUGCAUGAUGCCAUGGCUUCUGCUAGGAACCAGUUACAGGCAACAGAACUCAGUGAUGCAGCUCUGGCAAGAUGCAUAGAAUCAGCCGACUCACCAUUCCCACACACAGAUCCUGACUUAUUACUGUUAAAAGCUACCUCAGCUGCCAGCAUGCAGUGCCUGCUCCAAUGCCUUGGCAUCCUCCACAGACAACAACAGUACACCACAGUGAGUGUCUCCAGCAAACACUCAGAUGACCACCACUAGUACUGACUGCUGAUACUAUUGUUGAUACACUGUGGGCUAAUACAUUCCAUGUUCUGUGAAAUGAAGGACUAUGUGAUAAUUAUGGUUGCUGACAAGUCUUCUUAAUAGACAAGGCUUUAAUUAAGAUCUUAUAGUAAAGUGUUGUAAGCUAUGUGGGGUUUCAUUCGUGUAAUACUUCUGUACCCUUAGUAGAGCGCUCUGAUUCGCCGGCUUGAAUAAACCAAGCAAUUAGAGCGCCGAACGCGCUCUCGUUUCGAUUUCUUUAAACGUAAAGCAAACUUAUACUAAGGGUACUGACUCAUAAAACAGCUAUUUAAGUUAGUAUAUUUAUGGUAAAGUUAGCUGUAAAUUGCAAUACAUGAUGCACUAUGUAUUGUCCCACAUUGUAUGUUUAAUUUAUAGCUUAAAAUAAAAAGACAAGCAUUGUUGACAUAUCCUAAUGUUUUCCUCAUAGUUAUUGUACUCCAUUGGUGUUAUGUAAAUUGUAAAUAUAUUUUAUCUAAUAAAAAUAGUUGAUAUCUUUCUUAACUAUUGUAAUUUUAGAUUUACACUUUGGUGUAAAUUCAAUUUUAAUCCAAGAGAUGUUUUAUUAUUUUAUUUAUAAAUAGAUAUGGUUAAUUUGUACCUACUUUUUAGGAAAACUUAGUAGUAGUGGCUACUAAAUAAAAGUCUUCUCAUCAUACA